CGCGUCUUGAGCGACGCGUAACGCUAUCCGUUUACAGCUGUUCGAGAUGGUCAUUUGCGGACUUUCAUCGAAGUAUGCGUACUACUUGUUCAGUCAACAAUAACCAGAAUUUAUGAGAAGAUUGUCAUUUUCACUAUUUUACAAGUCAUCAGGAGGUUCGUUCCAUGAUGGAGAAAGAUGUGAGCUACUCAAACCCAUCAAUGGGCCAUGAUGAUGCAUUGUUCGAUUAUGAUGCCGGCUUAGAGAGCACAUUGCAAGAUAUAGCUGUGGAUUCAAACAGAGGUGGACCCAUUGCUGCACCUGUAUUAGGCUUGGAUGAAAAGGUCACAGUCAAUAAGCAGCGACGAUCUACUGUCAAGCUGGAUGAGGGCCGAUUACUGUCACAAGCCGGCAUACCAAAACUGCGUUCUACGGCGAAGUUUAAACUGAAAUUUAAAGGGAAAGGGCAUGAGUUUUCGGACGCCGCUCGACUAUUAAAUUUCUACCAACUAUGGCUCGAUGAUUUGUUCCCUCGCGCGAAGUUCGCCGAUGGAUUGGCUAUUAUAGAAAAACUGGGUCAUUCGAAACGAUUACAGACGAUGCGACGAGAAUGGAUAGACGAGGAAAAGCCGAGACUCCCCGCAACCGACUCUGAAGAUGCGCAACAAACGGGGUCCCCGGGUCCACAUGUCCAUGACAAUAGUAUGUCUAUCGGGCAUCUAAAUGAAGCCGACGCGAUUGUGGGCCAAGGAGAUAGCGUGGCACAGGGGCUUCCAGCACAUGGCAUUGGAGAGCCAUCCUCACUUACGCUGGGAGACGCUCCUCAGCAGGGAGAUUUGUUUGUGUCGGAUGAUGAGAGCGUCCCAAGGGAGAUCAUAGAAGGUACUCAUGAUAACGAUGAUGAUGAUGAUGAUGAUGAUGAUGAUGAGCUGGAAGCACUUCUACGAGAGCACGAGGAUGGUAUUAUUGAUAAUAAUAAUCUGGCAGGACCAGAUGCAUGGGCUUGAGGCAAUAAGCCUAUGGGUAACCUGGGUUCCAUAGACAACAUUGAUGUUUCGAGCAAUACUACCACUUAGG